AGAUCCCUAUAUUGAUCCAAAAGACAUAGAUAAGUAUGACUGUUCGGACUGGGAAGUACCAUAUGACGAUUUUAUGAAAACGUACCUAGGUAGCGGCUCUAGCUCAGAUGAAACGGAAGAGAAAAAGGAACCUACCAAAAAGAAGGAUAAGGAAACAACAAAUAUUGAAGAGGAUAGUGACUCUGACUCUUUUGAAACACCUUUAAACUUUCGGGAUGAAAAAGAAGUGCCAAGAACUGCACAAAUGUACAAACCUGGUUCGAAGAAGAAGGCUCAAUGGCAAAGAACAGACGGCAUCUACGAACCUCAGAGGGGUAAAGGUUCGUUUGGACGCUUCGAAACCUUCAUGGCAAAACGAAAAAUGGGUCUUAGUAAAUCAACUGAUCAACGCGACACAAAUAAAUCUCAUCGGCCUGAUUUCGAUAUUAUUGACCCCGGUGAUGGGGAAGACGAUUGGGGAACGCCACGAGUAGUGGAACCUCCGCCAGAGACCGUUGUUGUGCCUUGGGUUCCAUAUGGCAACAAGCAGGUAGUUUCCGAAGAUGGCACUAUCACCUACACUAAACCGGAUACCGUCUACGAAAAGUUCACUCAAACCAAUUUAGGUAAUGUAUUACGUGAAUCAAUGGAUGAAGAGGAAAUCGAUAAUUACCUCAAAGAGGAGAAGGAAAGAGAAGAAAGAUUACUUAAUAACCCUCCAGAAUCCAGUUCCGACGAUGACGAGAGUACAGACUCUGCACUAUACAGAAGUGAUGGGUCGGAUGAUUAUGACGUUUCAGCGGAAGAUUUUGAUAAAGCUGAAGAGGAAGAUAAUCGUGUUUAUGGAAUCCCAACAAACUUUAAACCUUACACGAAAGAAUUGGAAGAAGAGGGAUAUUUAUCAGAUGCUGACGAAAACCAGACGUUAGAGUUUAGACCAACGGAGAAAAAGGAUUUAAAAUAUUUAGGAGACGUUGUGAAAGCAUUUCGGUUUGAAAAUCCCAGUAAAGAUGACGAACCAAUGCAUUGUUUUGAAUUCAAAAAUACAAGUAGUGAACAGCCACCAAUAACUAGCAGACCUAAAACUGGUGAAAAUGAAGAAAUUGUUGAACAGAUUGACGAUGACGACUACGAUGAUGAUAUUGGUAAUGAAAUCGAAAGCCCUGACGAGUAUGACGAUGGUGUUGCGAAUGCAAAUAAGUUGAUUAAAGAAAGAGAUAUAUACCUGAAGGAAGAAAAAAGUGAAAUGGGAACCCACGGUCUUCCGAGACUACAGCCUAAGAACAAUGACGGAAAUUAUGAUUCGCAAGAAAAUGUAGAUUUUGCUCUAAUCUUAGAAGAUGGAGAAAGUAAUUAUGAAGAUGACGAGAUAGAAGAAGAUUAUGACGAUAAUUUAAAAAAAGUAAAACUAGUAAAAAAUAUAAACGUGAAUCCAAAGCUUGAAAAGAAAAUAAUCAGUUACGACAGUGAAGAAGACGUCGAUCCUAGUGAUGAAUCAGAGACAUACGACAGCGAAAAAGAUGACUAUGAAGAUAAUGUGAGAGAAGAAGAAUACAAUGACGGAAUUCAACAAUUAAAUGUAGAAGAUUCCUGUCCUGAUACAGAAGAUGCAGACAAAAAACCAUUGGAUACAGAAGAUGAAGUAGAUGCACAGUAUGAAAAGUAUUUUGGACAAAAAGAUCCAUUGGAACAGCUUAGAUCUGUUGAUGCAGAUCCUGAUUAUAUUGAUCCUAACUUCUUUGACACAAGAAAGGGAUCAGAUUAUGAUGAAAACGAUGCCAACAACGGUGGUGGUUAUGACGGCGGCAAUGACUUCACCGUUGGUCUGGAUGACGAGGAUAGUGAUGAUAAUAUAGAUAUACAGGAUGGUUACGGAAGUUUUAGUGAUGGGGAAGGAACAGACGACGACGACGAUGACGACGACGACGACGACACGUAUGAUGAAUCUGAGUCUGACUAUGAUCCAAACGUCCCCUCUGAUUAUGGUGAUUUUGGAUCUCCUAUUACAACUGACGAUGAGAUUGUCCAAAACUAUAAUCCCACAGAGCUUUUGAAUGAGUUAGAGCUUCAAGGAGAUACAUUUGACGACUUUCCUUACUCGUUGGAGAAUGCAAAGUGGGUUGAUUUCCCCUACAAACACCCCGGCGACGCCGAGGAGGCAGCCUAUGACAGGGGGGAGCCAGGAAAGGAGCUUCCAUACUGGUACUUUAUCAAGCAUCCGGCAGAAGAUGAUUCUCUGAUGAACAUAAGGGCCAAGCUCGCUGACCAGUACGAUCAUCAAACUGGACCUUAUAACCCUUUCAAAAUAAAUCCCCCUCCUACACCAUUAUGGCUGGACGACACAUUCGACCUGGUACCAAAAGGGGCUAAAGUUCCAGAUGACUUCUUUUAUGGCUUCAUGAAACCAGAUCCUGAAACUAUGCACAAAAUGAACCUUGAGGACGAUGAUGAUGAUGAUGAUGGUGGUGGUGAAGGUUAUGUGGAUGAUGAUGACGACGGUGGUGUUGACGGAAGAUCUUGGAGACCGAUGGAUCCAUAUAAAGGUCCAAAUAGAACUUGGAAAUCAUGGCGGAGCCGUCCUGAGGAUGACAGUAGAAGACCUGGCAGUGAAAGCAUGAACACAGCUCUAAAAGAUUUACCUGAAGAUCCUACACAGAAUCAGAGGAUUCCUAAGAAAAAUGACCAAUGGCAGCAUUAUAGAGAUUGGCUUUUGAGACAGGGUACUAAAACUGCCCCGAAAACUACACAAGAAAGUACAAACACAAAAACUAACUUGUCGAAACCAAUAGAAUCAAUGUCUGAAGGGAGGUUUGCUGGAAAGAGAGUGACAGAAAAACGAGAGGAAAGUUUUCAACCACGUCCACACUAUCAAACCUGGUUAACAAAACAAGCGGAUAUUAAACGUGAUGAAAGUAGUGAUUUAACUAAAAGAGCGAAUAAUGGUAAACCUCUUGAAGUACAAAAAACUACUCAUAAGCGCUACGAGGAGGCUUAUGUAGACGAUAAAUGGUCAGAGACAAAACACAAGCCAUCAGAAAAUAUGUGGCAACACUAUCAAACAUGGAAGCAAAAAAAUAAAAAUAAUCCACCCAAACCUCGCUUCAAACCUGAUGAUAGCUUUGUGUUUUCAAAACCACCAGAAGAUGUUGGUAAUGACAACCGGUCACGAAAAGAUGAAAACUCAAUGAAGAUCAAUAAAAAUGAAGCUUUAAAUCAAAAUACGUCCAACCCCGCAAACUACAGUGGUGAAAUCACCAAAGGAAUCAAUGGCUUUGUCAGGUCAAAGUCUCCCAUAGGAAAUACUGUUUUUAAUCGAGAGGCCAAUCCAAUAAACAAUUGGAAUCCGUGGCGAAAUCCUCAGAGUGAUUUACUUGAUUCAUCUUCUCCCUCAAUACCUCAUAAACUGCCAUUCUCAGGACAAGGAAAUCCAACUAGUGAUAUAUGGGAUAGUCAUUUAGACUUUGGAAACAAAGUUAAAUUAAGUAGUUUCGCUAUUGAUCAACGAAAUUGCAAAGCUGACGAUAUUUUUGAAGUCAAUUUUAACAAGAACAAUUUACCCCCGAUUAAAAACAAGAACAAAAUUACUGGUUUUUAUAAGUCUCUAACUCCAAAAAUGAUAACUACACAAGUUAGAACAAAGACAAAGACAAAGCAAAUACAACAUUUUGAUCAAACUAAUCCCGCGGACUCCCUGUUUCAUGUACUUAACAUUAAUGAUCCAAUAAACUUAAAUAUAAUGAAUCAACAAGAAAAUAAUGGACAAUCCUCAACUAACGUAUCCAGGUCACUUGAAAAGUUUGCUAUUAUCCUUCAAGUACCUGAGAAUGAAAAGGUCAGUAUGAUGUCAAUGGCAUCUUUGAAUGGGUCAGAAAAUACUAAUGAUUUUUCUAACGCUGAAAUGUGUAAAUCCAAUGUUAAUGAAAACGGAAGUGACGUAUUAAAAAUUGACGAGAAAGCAGUUCCUUCAGAUACAAAUAAACCAAAACGAAAAUAUACCAGAAGAAACCAGAGGGUUAUCAAUUGCAUUCCGGAAACAGCCACCACAAAUGAUUCUAACAAUAGUCAAGUAAAGAAAAAACGAAAGUACACUCGUCGUUCUAAACCAGUCCUCAAUCCUGGUGAGUUUGAACAAGCAACGGGUUCAAAUACUCAUGAAACUCUUAUUGAAACAGAUGGAAACACUUUUCAAAGCUCUCAAGAAAAUAUUUAUUCUUCAAUUAGAAAUGAGCCUCUCGAUAACAUUGUAACAGGGGCUAUAUCUGAUACUUUUGAAUCAGCAGUCAUAAAGUCUAAUACUGAUAUUAAUGCAGUUUCAAAUCAUGAUUCUAUCACAGAUGAAGCUUUGGACAAACAUAGAGAAGAAACAUCAAAAGGCUGUGGUGAUUUAGAUGUUAUGAACAUUAACCACCAAAAAUUUAAUUCUUCAGAUGAAAAUAACGACAUAAACCCACUACCAAAUAAUAAUACCUUGGAAGCCAGUGCCUUUUCCCCUGUUAUCGAACCUGUUUUCCCCGUAACCAAAAAAGAACCAAUGGAUCCAAAUCGUACUUUACAUCACUGGAAGCAUUACCAAACAUAUGUAACUAGAGGCGCAAAGGAUGUCCCACAAGAACGAAAACUACAGAGCUUGGAAUAUAAUCAUAAACCACAACCGUUUGGUUCGAAUUCAUCUCAACCUACAGGAUUCAGCAGUAAGGUUUAUCCUCCUAUAUAUUCAAAACCUCACGGUGAUCAUUGGAAUCAUUAUACAGCAUGGCUUUUAAAGAAGGGAAUACAAAAGCUACUUUACAAAUCUCCAACCUCACGCCCAGAAUCUUUUCCAAAAGCUCCGCCUGAUAUUUCGAAAUUAAGCCGAGAACAAUCUACAACAAAUGUGUCCAAGAACGUCGAUCAACCAGUAUCGAAAGGUGAACAAGUCGAUACGGAUUUUACCAAAGAUACUACAGUGGAUAAUAAGAUUGAAUACUUACACCAACGUUGGUUAGCAUGGCAACAAAACCUAGCAUCCAAAAUGGUAAACAAGCUAAACAAAAUGUUAAAAUAUUAUGAGAACCCGGAAGGAAACAUAGAUAUCGACACAGUUAAGGUCCGAGAUAUGAUUAAGCAACGUGAUUACUGGAGAGAAAUCCACAGGUGGACAUCGCGGAAGGGAUUUACACUCUAUAAUAAAACCCCUCCACAAUCCCGCCCUUCUGGUUUAAAUCUCGCUCGGUUGCAAACAGACAGCAAGCCCCAGUGGCUAGAAAACAGCACUAAACACAAUAGUUACUCCUCCAAUAACACAGCGAAACCAAUUCGACCGUGGAGAACAAAAAGGUUCCAGGAGUGGGGUUCCCCUGACCCAGAUUUAUUCGUAGCUCCACCAAAAACAUCUAUUCUUAAAACUGAAACAACUGAAUCUGAAACCCCAAUAAAUGAAACUGAAAAACUACCAAACGAAGCUGAAAAACCUCCAACUGAAACUAAACGACCAAAGUUUCCUUUUAAAUCAGAACCCAUUGAAGAUCUUGACGACCAAGAAGUCAAGUAUUCAACGCAUAAGGGAUUCUAUCGAAAUACUGCAGAGAGAAUGAGUAAGAUCCUAUCUUCCAGUGAAAACACACUUAAGGAAUAUAAAGAUAACUUGAGAAAUCCCCAAAGUAUACAAAACAAAAACUACAAGCCACGACAAAAAACUUCCGAAGACGAAGGUAUGCCAAUAGACGAUCAACAGCAAGAUAAAUUUUUAAAGGAAAUCAGUGAUCUUUUGGGGCAAAACGUCGUAUUAGAAGGUAGAUCCGGGAAGUCUAAAUCAAGAUCUGAAAAACGCUUGGAAAGAAAACUUAAAGCCAAGUAUCAAGUGGAAAAGAAGGAACGAAAAAAUGCCAAAAAGGGUUACGAUUUUGUGUUUAAAAAGAAAAAGAUCGACUUAAGUGACGAUGAAAUGAAAGAAUUCUCUAUAGUACCAGCUACUGAAGAAGAUACAAGUGCAUCAAGUGAAUCAGAGUGAACGCCCAUCCAUCCAUUCAUAGUCUAUGAACAUUUUUUGUAAGAAAUCAUAAAGCAAGGACUAAGUGAAAUGAAUGAUAAAUUAAUCUUUGUUGAUAAUGUGAUAUGUCUGUAAGAAUAAUUUAACUACAAGCUAUUACUAAAAUCAGAAUCGAGUCACAAAAUGGUCACUGUUUUAAGCUAAGUAGAUUUUCACUCAAUAGUGUUGUUAGUUUGUACAAUAUUACUUUUCCUUAUAAUUGAAAUAAUUGGAGUAAAUUUUAUUAGUAAAUAUUUACUAUACACAGACACGUUGCUGAAGGAAACAAAACAAAUGUAUUGCAAAUAAAGUUGAAUAUCAAAGACAGCUAAAGAUGUGUUAAAACCGAUUUCACCGUUCUUUACAGCUACGUUAAA